UCGUUCCAUCUGUACAUCACAUGCAUUAUCAACAACUAUUCUAAUACUCAUGGUUAUAUGGAACUUAUAAUAAACCUGAAAACCUUGAAUUAGGCACUUGACGUGGUCAAAGGCAAUGGGAAAUAUAUUGCUUCAGAAGUCCCCAAGGCAGGAUGGGUCACGAAAGUUUGUUAUUCAGGACAAACAACGCAAUACAUCCAAUACUAUGAAGGAAGAUACUUCACUGCGGAACAUAAAAAGGUAAGCCUGUUGGCAACAGAAUUCUCGAUAUCAUUGAAGAGUAAAGUGUAACUAUAAAACGUAGAACUUAUUAUUGGAGAAACUUUUAGGAGAAUGAAGGCUUCUAAAGAAUCUAAAAUACACAACAAAAGAUUUGAGGAUUUGUUACAAUGUCAUAGUAGUGGGAAUGGCAUUGGUGAGAACAGAGAAAAGGGAUCCCACAAAGAAAUUUGCACCAUAUUAGAAGAAUUGAGCGAAUUCAAAGCCAAAUUAGUCAACACUCAUUUUGAAAUACUACAUGAGAAUAUCUUGUGUCUUGUGGAAGACUAUACCGAAACUGGUGUCAACAGACAAAUGACAAUAAACCUGAAGUUUAUGGAUUGGGCUACCACUGUGUCUUGGGUGCUCAGAACGUUUGUAAAAAAUAAUAACGGUUCUUAUUGCACUAGUAUAAAAGCGCCAAAAUACUAUCCAGGUAUAUUGCCAGACGUGACAGGAACAGAACUCUAUAAUAUUUUGGAUAAGAAGCAUGCUCCACCUCCGUACACGAAAAAGGAGAACUCAUAGGAUAGACUAUAUCGAUCAAUAAACAAAAUCAAGGAUAUGGCUUUGCUAUAUACCCACGGC